AUGCGUCUGCAGCACGUGGCACUGCUGAAGCGGGAACCCGGAGUCAACUUCUACCUCUCGGGGAAUGGGCUUUCCCGGGGCCUCCACUACGUCCGGGGGGAGCACGUGGCCACCCUGCCCUCCUCCCCCGGCACCGCGCUGGUGGAGGUCUGCAUGGAGUGCUGCACGCUCGGCGUCUUCGAGCAGUGGGUGGUGUUCGACUUCGGCAGACGCCCCGUCCUCAUGCAGAAGAUCAAGGUGAAGGUGGGCCGGCGGGAGGCCCCCCAGCACGUCCCCGGCAGCAGGGAGGACAGCCGCCCCGUCAACUUCAUGCGGUGGGAUAGAGUACAAACCUCCUGCUCUGGCGCCGGCCGGGCCUACAGCGAGCGGGUGGAGGCCUACAACCAGCGGUACGCCUACAUGAAGUCCUGGGCCGGCCUGCUCAGGAUCCUCUGCGUGGCCGAGCUGCUGCUGGGCGCCGCCGUCUUCGCCUGCGUCACGGCCUACGUGCACAAGGAUAACGAGUGGUACAACAUGUUCGGGUACUCGCAGCCUUACGGCUACGGGGCCGCCGGCGCCUACGGAGGCUACUCCUACAGCGGGCCCAAGACGCCCUUCGUCCUGGUCGUGGCGGGGCUGGCGUGGAUCGUCACGAUAGUGCUGCUGGUGCUGGGCAUGUCGAUGUACUACCGGACCAUCCUGCUGGACUCCAACUGGUGGCCGCUGACCGAGUUCGGAAUUAACGUGGCUUUGUUCUUGCUGUACAUGUCGGCUGCCAUCGUGUAUGUGAACGAUACCAACCGAGGCGGGCUCUGCUACUACCAGCUGUUCAAGACGCCGAUAAACGCCUCUUUUUGCCGGGUAGAGGGAGGUCAGACAGCAGCAAUCAUCUUCUUGUUUGUCACGGUGAUCAUCUAUCUAAUUAGCGCGGUGGUGGCUCUGAAGUUGUGGAGGCACGAAGCAGCAAGGAGGCACAGGGAGUUAAUGGAACAGGAGAUGAAAACACAGUCCUCUUUUCCAGAAAAGCAGUAUGAAAGUGAUGACAGACCAAGAGAAGAGGUCACCUACAGGCAGCUUAAAUCAGUGCAAAGAAAACCGGAACUCCUUAAUGGUCAUAUACCUGCAGGCCACAUUCCUAAACCUAUAGUGAUGCCAGACUACUUAGCGAAAUACCCAGCAAUUCAAACAAAUGAAAUGCGAGACAGAUACAAAGCAGUAUUCAAUGAUCAGUUUUCUGAGUAUAAAGAACUGUCUGUGGAAAUUCAUGCUGUAUUAAAGAAGUUUGAUGAGCUGGAUGCAUUGAUGAGACAGCUUCCUCACCAUCCUGAAAGCUUAUAUGAACAGGAAAGGAUAUCAAAAGUUCUGCAAGAAUACAAGAAGAAGAAAAAUGAUCCUGCAUUUCUGGAGAAAAAGGAGCGUUGUGAAUACCUAAAGAAUAAGCUUUCUCACAUAAAACAACGAAUUCAGGACUAUGAUAAAGUUAUGAAUUGGAACGUAGAAACUUAG